AUGUUUUGGGCUAUCACGGGUUCUAAUGUUGCCACAGCUCUCGAAGCGACGACAAGGUUCGGGGAAGAACCGGCGGCAGAAGCACAAAGCAGUGCUACUGACAGGCGAAGGACCCAAUAUGCAACGGGUGCACCAACUUUGGAACCAACUUUCCGGAAACCGCGUCCGGCAUUGCCUCGUGAAGCAGACAACCCAUUCUACUACAGCGAAGCAGCAUCAAAUGAACCUUUACAGAGGUUGAGGAAAAUUACUUAUACCACUAUCCUGGUUCCGCUUCGUGUACUUUACAUCACCCUGCUGAUAGUACUUUAUUGGUUACUUGAGAUGAUUAUCCAGAAAAGAGGAUGCCAUACUGCAGCAAAAGAAGUUGAUAAUCUUAGCAAGGUAAGUUGCCUGUUUCGGUACAUCGCGGGUACUUUACCACGCUGGUCUAUUCUUGGCCUCGGUUACCUUCGGGUUAAUCGUAGGAACAAAUGUAACUAUGGUCGGCGUGCAGACGGCUCGCGGGUAGUAGGUCCUGUUAUUGUUGCUAAUCAUGUUACGAUACAAGACGGAUUACUUCUGCUUUUCGAAUGUGAUGCUUCACUAGUAACUGGAAACCUUGCUGAGGCAAACUUCACUAGCAUGUUAUUACGUGGUCGGACAUACAACGGGGAGGAUAGGCGCAUUGUGAAAUCCCUGGAGCUAAAGCACCGCCAAAAAACGCAAGAGGAAAUCGACGGUACCGAAGCAAGUACGAACAAUAAUCCCCAGACUGAAAUGUCUGCUGAUAUGAGUGACUGUAAUGAAACGGAGGUGCGUGAGGGAGGGGAAGGAGUCGUGGCCCAUGUCGUAUUCCCUGAACCGUGCUGCACGAAUGGUCGUGUUAUGAUGCGGUUUUCCACCGACGCCUUCGCCACAGGACUUCCCGUUCAACCUGUUGUUCUCCGGCAUUCACAUAAAUACUUCAAUACCAGUUGGUGCGGUGCGGCGAGUCCAACAAGUAUUCUUCUAGGGACUGCAGCGCAGUUAUUCAACCAAGUAGAAGUGAUAUACCUCCCCGUGUGUGAACCAUCGAAAGAGGAGAAAUUGAACCCUUCUCUCUACGCAGAAAGAGUGCGCCGUGCCAUGGCUAGCACACUUAAUGUUCCAGCAACCUGGCACUCCGAAGCAGAUGUUCACCUUGCGCUUGUUGCGGCGCGGCUGAGCCUUCCCGUCGAUGCAGUGAAUGUGGAAACCGCGCAUCCACACUUUGCGGGAAUGCCGUAUGAUCGAGUGGUUAGAAUGCUUUACCGGUUCUCUGCCCUACUGCAGCGGAGCGACGGUGGCCCUCAGCCGCAAAUGAAUAUUACACCUAAAGGUUACAUGUCACCGACAGCCCUUGGACGGUUCUUGUCUCCAAUAGGGUUAUACCCGACUUUGAACGAACGGUUGCUACUGCAUUUGUCACGGCGGGCCUCUGUGCGAGGUUGUUAUAUUUCGUUCCGUGAUUUUCUAUCUGCUCUUUAUACAGAGCCCAUUAUCGUGGGAUCCAGUGACAGCCAUGGUGCCAGUGACAAGACUGGUGAGAGUAGUGUCCCUUCCAAUGCUCAUAUGGUUUUUAUCGAUGAACUGCGAAAAGGGGAAGCAGAUGAUGAGGUUGCCCUAGAUUUUAUACUACGAAGGACUUUCGCGAUGAUGUUGCUCGCCGGGGAGGACCUUCUUCGACAACAGGAAAAAUACCGAUCACACAUUAAAGAUACGUUUGUAACUGUAGGCGAGGUACAAGGUGCCGGUCGGGAGAAUGUUGAAGCAGGUGAUGCUAAUGUCAUAUCUUGUGCCGAAAGCCCCUUACCUACCGGUACCUGUCCCUCCUCGUACACAACUGUUUACGGUUGCAAGGUGCGGUUCCUCUUUCGUCCUUGUCAAAACAUUAACAGAUGCGCCCCUGUGGCUGCUUCACUCGCUGCAACAGCCCUUUCUGUCGAGGAGCGCCGCCUUGGACGUGCGGAGUUUGAUGCGCUACUCGACAUGUUAUUCGUACCACAUCACUCUACCUUGUGGCGUGGCCCGGCCACAAAGUCUCAGGUACAAUUGGCAGAGGAAGAUUCACUCUUUUCAUAUAUUCGGAGUGGGGCCACUGAAGAGUGGGAAGCGACUGUUGGUAAAAAGACAGUACAGAUCGAGGAGGUGGGUAGGGGAACUAAUCGCUCCGGAGAGUACAUCACAUUUGAUGCUUUCCUUCGUUUCUGCUUUCGUCAUCGCGCUAUGGCAGAGUACUUUCACGCCUGUUGCGAGCACUUUCUAUUGUGUGAUGAUUUGGCGUAG